AUGGAGAAACUACCGAUCCACUCCAAGGAGGGAUAUGGGGAUACCCUUGACCUGAACAAGCCUCAUCGUCGUGUGCGUCCCGGCACACCUACCUACUUAUGUCGCAUUGGUGUCAUCGCGUUGUUCUGUAUCGGUUACAUUUUGCUUCUAAGGCCUUCUUCCCCACGAUGUACCGGCAUAGCUCUACAAAUGGAGAGCUAUAGAGCUGAGGUCCAAGAAGAGUAUGAAAACUACUUACAGCUGGGACGCGUUGCUUCUGAUACACACCAGACACCUGAGCAAACAAAGAUACCGCUGGAGGCCCACAUCAUGAGCAAAUGCCCAGAUGCCCAGGACUGCUUGCAAAAACUGGUUCUACCAGCCAUGGAAAGAAUCAGCGGUAAGGUGGACUUCAAACUAUCAUUUAUUGCUAGCGUGUCUAAAGAUUCCGAAGACAUAGAAUGCAAGCAUGGCCCAGGUGAAUGCAUCGGUGACAUGCUCAUGCUCUGUGCGGCCAACCUUCCUUUCCCUCCCACUGCGGACGAAGCGUCUCUUCCAUCUCAGUACCCCCGGACCCCGAUUAUCCGGUCGCUAGGAUUUGCAAACUGUCUGAUCAAUGAAUUUUCCCGGAUCCCAGACCGGGAAUUCGUACAUCACUGUGCAUUGGAGCAUGGGAUUGACUUUGACGCUCUAAACAAAUGUGCAAGCCAGCAGAAUGAUGACCCGAACGAUGGCAAUGACGGCGGACCACCACUCAGUGGCAUUGCGCUACUACGCGAAAGCGCUAUGCACGGCGAACAAAUUGGCGUCAAGAUAAGUUGCACAGUGCGUCUUGAUGAUGAUGUCUGGUGCAUCCGUGAUAGCGACGAAUGGAAAAACUGCGCCCAGAAUGGAGAAGGCAGCCAACCCUCGGCGCUGGUCGACCAAGUCGAAAAGCUCUGGAAGGAGAGAAAUUGA